UCGGAGGAGUGAUGGGCAGAACCAGCGCUUCCCUCAGGCCCUAGAUCUGCCCCGAUUGGACUUCGUUCCCCCCAACACUGCUUCGCUCUACCCAAAGAACACAGAUCUGUUUGAGAUGAUUGAAAAGAUGCAGGGAAGCAGGAUGGAUGAACAACGAUGCUCCUUCCCACCACCCCUCAAAACGGAAGAAGACUACAUUCCCUACCCAAGUGUGCACGAGGUCCUGGGGCGAGAAGGGCCCUUUCCCCUCAUUCUGCUGCCCCAGUUCGGGGGCUACUGGAUUGAAGGCACCAACCACGAAAUCACCAGCAUCCCAGAGACAGAGCCACUGCAGUCACCCACGACCAAGGUGAAGCUUGAGUGCAACCCCACAGCCCGCAUCUACCGGAAGCACUUUCUCGGCAAGGAGCAUUUCAAUUACUACUCACUGGACACUGCCCUGGGCCACCUUGUCUUCUCACUCAAGUAUGAUGUCAUCGGGGACCAGGAGCACCUACGGCUGCUGCUCAGGACCAAGUGCCGGACGUACCAUGAUGUCAUCCCCAUCUCCUGCCUCACCGAGUUCCCCAACGUGGUCCAGAUGGCAAAGCUGGUAUGUGAAGAUGUGAAUGUGGAUCGAUUCUAUCCUGUGCUCUACCCCAAGGCUUCCCGGCUCAUCGUCACCUUUGACGAGCAUGUUAUCAGCAAUAACUUCAAGUUUGGAGUCAUUUAUCAGAAGCUUGGGCAGACCUCUGAGGAGGAACUCUUCAGCACCAACGAGGAAAGCCCUGCCUUCGUGGAGUUCCUCGAGUUUCUUGGCCAGAAGGUCAAACUGCAGGACUUUAAGGGGUUCCGAGGAGGCCUGGACGUGACCCACGGGCAGACGGGGACCGAGUCUGUGUACUGCAACUUCCGCAACAAGGAGAUCAUGUUUCACGUGUCCACCAAGCUGCCCUACACAGAAGGGGACACCCAGCAGUUGCAGCGAAAGCGACACAUCGGGAACGACAUCGUCGCCGUGGUUUUCCAGGACGAGAACACGCCCUUCGUACCCGACAUGAUUGCCUCCAACUUCCUGCACGCUUACGUGGUGGUGCAGGCCGAGGGUGGGGGCCCUGACGGCCCCCUCUACAAGGUCUCCGUCACCGCCAGAGAUGACGUGCCCUUCUUUGGGCCCCCGCUUCCGGACCCCGCUGUGUUCAGGAAGGGGCCCGAGUUCCAGGAAUUUUUGCUGACAAAGCUGAUCAAUGCUGAAUACGCCUGCUACAAGGCAGAGAAGUUUGCCAAACUGGAGGAGCGGACACGGGCCGCCCUUCUGGAGACGCUCUAUGAGGAGCUACACAUCCACAGUCAGUCUAUGAUGGGCCUGGGCGGCGACGAGGACAAGAUGGAGAACGGCAGUGGUGGCGGCGGCUUCUUUGAGUCUUUCAAGAGGGUCAUCCGGAGCCGCAGCCAGUCCAUGGAUGCCAUGGGACUAAGCAACAAGAAGCCCAACACCGUGUCCACUAGCCACAGCGGGAGCUUUACACCCAACAACCCUGACCUGGCCAAGGCGGCUGGAAUAUCAUUGCUUAUUCCUGGGAAAAGUUCGAGUAGAUUUGGACGCCGGGGCAGUGCCAUAGGCAUAGGAACCGUGGAAGAGUCCCUGAUUGUCCCGGGGAAGAGCCCCACGAGGAAGAAGUCGGGCCCUUUCGGCUCACGCCGCAGCAGCGCCAUCGGCAUCGAGAACAUACAGGAGGUGCAGGAGAAAAGGGAGAGUCCCCCGGCCGGCCAGAAGACCCCAGACAGCGGACACGUCUCGCAGGAGCCCAAGUCGGAGAACUCUUCUACUCAGAGCUCCCCAGAGAUGCCCACGACCAAGAACAGAGCGGAGGCUGCAGCCCAGAGAGCAGAAGUGCUGAAGGACUUCUCCCGCUCCUCGUCCAGCGCCAGCAGCUUCGCCAGCGUGGUGGAGGAGACGGAGGGUGUGGACGGGGACGACACAGGCCUGGAGAGCAUCUCAUCCUCUGGGACACCACACAAGCGGGACUCCUUCAUCUAUAGCACAUGGCUGGAGGACAGUGUCAGCACCACGAGUGGGGGCAGCUCGCCAGGCCCCUCGCGGUCACCCCAUCCAGACGCCGGCAAGUCGGGGGACCCUGCUUGUCCAGAGAUCAAGAUCCAGCUGGAAGCGGCUGAGCAGCACACAUCCCAGCUGGGCUGUUAGCCAGGCUCCCCUCGGAAGGUGACUGAGCAGGCGAGGUCGCAGAAGCACAAGGUGAAGAUGCUGUGUCAAAUUCAGGCAGACAGGACCUCUGCCCCCAAAGUCAACACCAGCCUGUGGGCUGCCCCCUGUCUCCCCAACCCUCCCCUCGACCCACUGUCUGGGUGGUCUCUGCAGGGCGGAGCCAUCCAGGCCCGGGAUCGGGGAAGCUGCUGGCAUCACCCCCACACCCCAGGCUGGGGGCUGGGCUGAUGCAGGGGGUCAUCAGUUGAAGCAAGACUCCAGGCCUGGCUUGCCCCCACCUGGGCCCUCCGACACGCCUUGGUGCCCCUCUGGGAGGGGGAGACUGAGCUACACUAGGGCGUACAGAGCCUGCGGGCAGCGGGAUGUGAGAUGAGGUGGAGUGUGCACUGGGCCGGCAGUCCUGAGUCCUGGCUUCCAGGAUGGGUUCCGCCAUGUGACUCUGGGACACCUCUCUGGACACCUCUGCUACAAACGGACAAGAUUAUUUCAGAGGUCACUGAAGACUGUGAUUCCAUGUACCUGCCCCAGAAUGGGGAUAUCCUCCCAGGGGCCUCCCAUCACCCUACCCUGCUGCUUGGGUCCCUGGGGCCCCAGGUGGACUGAGGGGCAGGGAGCUGGCUCUGCCCGUCGCCCCUCCUGGACCCUCGAGCUCUACCGCGGAUCUGCUGAUGCCCUGUCCACUGCCUCCACACGACAGACGAGUGACCCCCUUGUGGGGGAAAGGGGACCCUACCUGGCUCCUCAGCCAGCACCCAGCUUCACCUCUGCCAUCCCGUGUUUCUGGUCACCCCAGGCCAAGGGGUCUUGGCUGGCCUAGAGACAGAGGCUUCACCUUUGCCCCGCCCCCCACCCCCACAGAGGGGGCGGCCAGGCACAGCCGCUGUGAGUCCACAUCCUUGUGUGUGUCUGUCCACACUUUUUAGGAGCCACGCCAAGGGCCAGCCUUCCAGCCCCAACACCCAUUUUUGGAAGCCCCUGUGGCCGUGUGUGUGU